AUGUCAGAUAAGCAAAGAGUUGUAAAAAUUAUAAUUAUUGGUCCUUCUUAAAGCGGAAAGACUGCUAUCGCAAAUUAUUUAGCAAAUCGUUUAGAUGGUAUUUCCAAAGACUAUAGACCUACUGCAGCUUUAAGAAUAGUUGAAUUUAACAGAGAAGCACCAGUAAAUCGCAAAAGACCAGGAUAAGAAAUGGCUACCAUUUAGCUUUGGGAUGUUUCAGGUGAUCCAAGAUAUGAACCAACUUGGCCUGCUAUUCAAAAAAAUGCUCAUGGUUGCUUAAUGAUAUAUAAUGCAGAAAAUCCUAGACAUGAAUAGGAAAUAGAAGGUUGGUUUAACAAUUUUGCAAAUAAAUCAAAAAUGCCUCCAAACUUGUUAAUGGCAUUUGCACACUAAGUAUCAGGAAAACCUGUAUAAAAAAAUAAAUAGAGAUAAAUUAAAUGUUGUCCAGCAGUUUCUGUUUUUAACACAUCUAUUGAAGAGGGACAUGAAACUAUUUUCCCAGCUUUUGAAAAACUUUUUACAAAUGUAAUGAACUAAAUAUAUGAAAAUGAAGAUUAGAUUGAAAGUAAUUUUAUGAAAUGA